AGCUGCAUGGGAAGUGCAUGUUUGUUGCUGAAGCGCGUGCGAGCUCCCACUGCCGCGUCGUCGCGGUCGUUUCGUUCUUCGCACUGGAAGUUUCUCGCGUUCGGGCGCUGUUUUGGCACUUCAGCAACAAAACCACCGAACAUGGCGCCGAUGGUUCUCGACUACGACCGCGAUGGUAAUGUCGUCGGCGGUCACACCGUGGACGAACUCCCUGAUCGCCUCUAUUCGGUGCGCCCGCACCGCACCGUCAGCAUGGCGGACUCGACACCGCGCAUUCUGCCAGGCGCGCAGCCGUUCAUGGACCAGCGCGGCUUGACUGCUCAAGCCCAGCACUACCCAUACGCGGCCGCGCCCAACCUGUACCAUCAACACGGCCUGCCGCAAGGCAUGCGUAAUGGCAACUUCCUGAGGAACGACCCGGCCUUGCCAGCACCACCUGUUCAGCCGCAUCACGAAUUGCCACCCUACCCUCCACGCAGCCUGGUGAGCUAUGACUGGCAGGGACAUGGUGAGGCCCGGCACGAACUCCCUCCAUACCGUCAUGCCAAUCUGCAAAGAAAUAUGGAGUCAGCCUCAGCGCGUCACGGUUUCGUCGCCAACCCGCUUGCCAGUGGCGCCUUUACCACCAACCCUCACAACAAUCCGCGCGCUCAAGCAGUCAGUCAUGCCUCUCAGUUCGAGGCUGCUGGAUACUAUCCCGCUCCGCAACACUUCACAUACGGACAGCUUCAACAGGCUGCCGGCCCGCAGAUCGGACAUGAGCAAUUUCAGCGACAAUACCUUCAUAACUACGAACCUGUGCCAUACAAUUGGCAUGGCGAGCGUUCCGCUUCCCGUAGCCAGUACGGCAUCCCGUAUCCGGCUGAGACUCAAUCAAUGGCGUACCUUGACCAUGGCCAACCCCACUGGCCAAAUGACGGUCGCGCUUCGAACGUUGGCAGCGAUGGAGUGUUCCGCCCCGUCCAGCCUCCGCAGCUGUCUGCACCUUAUCUCACACCACCGAGCUCGUUCGUGUUCGACAAUGUCGAUGUUGAUCCGAGGAUGCUCACGGCUCAUACAGCGGGCAGAGUAACUGGUGAGAGCGAACCUGUUGCGCGCCGCUCAUCAGACGCCAUGCCACCGCCUAGUAAAGCAAGAACAGUCCCUCGCUCAUCCCUAUCGCAAGUGUCACAAUAUGCAGAUGACAAGGAUAUACACUCGGUAGGAGAUGGAGAUGGUUCCGACGCAGAGGCCGACUCACAGAAGUCUGAGGAAGAUGCGUAUGUUCCACCUAAGAGCCCAGAGCAGAGCAAGAAGAAAUCGAAAUCAAAGAGUAAGAAGAAGAAGAAAAAGGGUGCAGCGGCACCAGCUUUUCAGCGCUGUGCUGACUGUAGGGCACGACACAAGAAGUGCACGCACAAAUCGAGGCCACCUGCCAUGACGGAAGCAGAGGCAUCAGAGAUCCUCGCGAAGAUGCCCACCGAAGCGUCCGUUCUUCAGAAGGCAUCGCCGGCUCCGGAGUCCAAUGCGGAGGCGGUUGCGACUCCUGCAGAUGGAACGUCCAUCGCCGAUCCUUCCAUUGCCAGCUUCGAGGCCUCGCCUCAGGACGUGGGAGACGACAACGAUACGACCAUCGAGGAAGUGCAGCGCACCAACUCGCCAGAACCUGUAUCCUCUGAUCAUACGCCGGUCUUCGCCUAUGCGGACUUCCUGGACUUGGAGAACAUCGAGCAGCAUGAUCAUGAUGAACAACAGUCCAACGAGAGUGACGAGGACAACGCAACACCGGCGGAGCAUGUUUCGGACUUCCUCAAUUCUCUUCAAGCUCGUCUCGAUGUUCAAGACUCUGCCACCUUGGAACAAUUCUUGAAAGACGCAGAUCUGUACAAGACUGGUUUUCUCGACGAGCAGGAUUUCUACAGGAACACUUACAAAUUACUCCACCGCGCUCAUAUGCCAGAAUUGCUGCUGGAGUUUGUGAAGUGUCUUCCUUCCAGUUGGGAUGAUGCAGCGCUAGCUUCGCUGAACGAGAGGCUGGAUCGUGAGCUUGGCGAAGCUGCUGUGUCUGACGCUGUGUCUGAGGAAAACAUGCUUGACUCGCCAGACGUCACGCCACCAGUCAAGCGCAAGAAGCGUCCUCAGAAUGCUUUCAAGGCUUCUGAAAACUCUGACAUGGCUGAUGAGGAGGCCGAUGAUGCACCAGAACCGAGCACGGCAGCUUUCGUACGUGCCACACCACCUGUCAGUCCAAAGUCUUCUGUCUACGCCAGAUCUGCCAAUCUUGCCGAUGGCGGAACUCGUGCACCACCGCAAGAAGUCCGCAAGCCCCGUGCUCGUGGUGGUAAAGCUUCUCCAAAGAAGAAAUCGAAGCCUGCGGGCACCACGAAGUCCUUUGGCAAGCCGAAGCACCAGAUCGGUCAUCUAUACUCGACUGAAGUCCAACAUGUGGGUCCAGUGUACCCGACCCGCCGCGCCUUGAUGAGUCGCACCACGAGACCAUACAUCCAUGGUCCAUGCGGCAAGGGCUUCGCCCAUCCCCAAGAUGUCCGCAGUCAUCACCACAACGGUGCCGACACCAAGAAAAACUGUCCACUCGGCGCAGGGCACGAAUGGGACGAACAUCCAAGUUGCAAAGUCGGCCAGAGCGAUCUCAACUACGCAACAGUUAAAGACGGCUUUGUCUUCAUGGACCAGGAGAGCUGGGAUAAGCUUCACGACGCCAUCGCCCUUGGCGAAGCUGAGCCGAGUCGCCUCAAAGGUACCAUGCGGAUUAUGGCAGGGGAGAUGGAUGAUGAGGAUGAUCACGAAAGCGACACUGACGCCGACCAUGAGACGGACGAUGAGUAUGAGGAUUUCACGACUACGGAACAUGCUACCCUCCCGUACCCGCCAACAGAGGAGCCAGCCAGUCUUGCUCCCGUGCCGACUUCCAUACCGGCUGCCACACCCGCUGCCAUACCGGCUUCCAUGAAGACCCCGAACCCGCGCAAGAGAGCUGCUUCUAACAUCUCAGCGCGCGCUCAGAAGAGAACUAUCGUCAAAGCUGGAAGCGAUGAGAUGGCCGGGACGGAAACCACCACUACGACUAGUCCGAUGGCAACAGCUUCUGUCCCACCAAAGAAGUCCAGAAAGAAAGCGGCUGCCGAACUGGCUGUCGAGCACAAUAACACUGAGGAGCCAAGAAGCAAUGUCGCCUCAAGAGCUGCUGCUCUCGGACUGCGCGCCCGUCAGUAAGCCGUCGCACCUACUUGGGUUGAUGUUCAACUCACCACAAACUUGGCAACUUCAUUGAUGCUGAAAAACUACUCUUGACCUUUGCCUGUACAUUGGCCUACUAAUACUGGUCUGCACUGCCUCCUUCUGUACGCUGAUGCACCAAUGUCGUUGGCGGCAUUGGGAAAAGGGCAUUGUCAGCCAGACACUUUUGC